AUGACUACAUUAUCGUUAUGCUGGAUUGGCGACGCACCAGUGAAUGUAUGCUGCAGAGCGUCAACUAGGUGCUCCAAUCAUCCGAGAUUGAUUGAGUUAAAAGUAGGACAACAAGAGAUCACAAUUGGUCGUCGUAACGCCUCAAAUCGGCCUCACUACCAUAUUGAAAGCAACUUCAACAGGCUUAUGAUUUCACGCAAUCAUGCCACCGUUAAACGAUUGUCAGAUGGCCGAUUCAUGUUGUACGAUCACAGCCUGAACGGAACUUUCGUCAACUACACUCGAGUUCAUGCUUGUGUUAUUCUGAAACAUGGAGACAUUAUUUGCUUCGGGCACCUUAGUGGUGCUACUAUACCGCCCGGACAGACAGUCGAUGAAUUCCAAUCUGACCUAAAGUACCGAGUGCGAAUUACUUUAUGCAAGGCAAUGGACAUUUCCACAACCACAGUAGGUAAGUUCGAUCCUGAACGAAUGACCUCCAAUAUGUGUGGAGAGGGAAGCAGAGGAAAGCGUAGUCACGAAUGCAGAAGAGCAGGUGCGGUCGAUUCGGGGACUGUGGACAGCCAAAUUCAAGGUGGCAGGGAUGCAGUAGUGAGCAUAAUGAGCAAGUCAGAAGACUGCGUUGAGGAGUUGAUUGACCAUGUAUGGAGGCAAAUGUGUAUCACUUCUUGGGGAGGGCACGAGACCAAGACAUCUCCAUCUUGCAUGUGCAAAGAGGGAGACGAUGAUGAAGUCGACUGGGAUGUGGAGGAUAUCGGGAAGGAUGCGGCAAACGACGCGAAGGCGAGUGAAGAACAGUGUUUGGUUUAUACCUGCAAAAAGUGCGUCAGUGCGGCUGCUGAUUGGAAGAUGUCAGCGGGCGAAGAAUUCCAAGUGGUGCCACCGGACCUACUUGUAUUGAACACCACUGCACCUAUCAUUGUUGGUAUUUGCCGAACAAAGCUGCGCAAAUUCGCAAUAGCCGGAGUGCUCUCUACCUGGAUCAAGUAA